AUAAAUAUGGAUUAAAAUGAUAAAUAUGAUAAUGAAAAAAUCUUAAAGUUGUUAACAGAAGCAAACUAAUUUUUUGAAUAGAAUAGAGACUAUCCUCCUUAUUAAAUAGGUGAAUUUUUAAUUGAGUUUUGCAAAUUGUUUAAACAAUUAGGAAAAUUAUUAUAUUUUGCAUUUUCAGAUGUGAUUGAAAAAGCAUAAAUAAUUAAAGAUAGAGGGAAUGAAUACAAUGAAUAGACAAAAGGAAUAUAUGGAAUUAUUUAAAUAGAAAAAUAAAAAGGAUUAAUGGAAUUGAAUGGGGAGAAUAAUAAAGAGAUCUUAAAAAAUAAAGUAAAAUAUAUUUAUGAUAUAAUCAAUAGACAUUACCUAAUUAUUAAUCUAUGGCUAGAACAAUGUUAAGAAUUAUACGAUUUUUUAAUUAUUUGAAGAUUAUGUUUAUAGAUGUGGAUUAAAAUAGAAAUAAAAAGUUUUCAGAUAUUUGUUCAGAUGCAUAUAAUGAAGCAUUGGCACCCUAUCAUACGUAAAUAUAUUAUAAUAUUAAAUUAGAUUUAUGGUAAGAAAUGCUGCAAAAGCUGCUUGGUUAGCUGCUCCAAAUAGAACUAAAGUUUUUGAAACAUUUGUAGGACCAAAUCAAACAGAUGAAGUUGCUUAUGCAGCUAUGAAGAAAUUUGUAAAUGCAUUAGAACCAAUUAGACUCAAUUUUUGGGACUAUUAUAAUACAAACAAAUUAACAAAUUUGCCAUGAAAAUAUGAGACAUAAAAUCAAUCAUAUAUUUUUAAUACCACAUAAUGU